AUGUCUAAUUGUCAUCGGUGUCCUGCUGCUCAAUUCACUAGCUCGGCUGGCAGCGCAAGUUGUGUUGAAUGUGAAGCAGGUCAAACACCCAACAGUGAGAGAUCUGCCUGCGUGGCUUGUCCAGUGGGGAAGUACAGAUCUGGUACCAUGAUACAAUGUGAGCUGUGUCCUGCUGGUUCUAUGAGCAAAGUUGCGGGGCAAUCUGAGUGUUCAUCUUGCGGGCCGAACGGAGUCAGCUCUGCAGCUGGAUCUACUAUGUGUAAGGGGUGUGGUGACGGAACAGUCCCUACCUCUGAUUUUACAGAUUGUGUACCAUGCCCUGCCGGAACCAAGCAAUCCGGAAACGUACAAGAAUGUUCAUCUUGCGGUCCGAACGGAGUCAGCUCUGCUGGAUCUGCUAUGUGUAUGGGGUGUGGUGACGGAAGAGUCCCUAACUCUGACUUUUCAGCUUGUGUACCAUGCCCUGCCGGAACUAAGCAAUUCGGAAACGUACAAGAAUGUUCAUCUUGCGGUCCGAACGGAGUCAGCUCUGCUGGAUCUGCUAUGUGUAUGGGGUGUGGUGACGGAAGAGUCCCUAACUCUGACUUUUCAGCUUGUGUACCAUGCCCUGCCGGAACUAAGCAAUUCGGAAACGUACAAGAAUGUUCAUCUUGCGGUCCGAACGGAGUCAGCUCUGCUGGAUCUGCUGUAUGUGGGGCGUGUGGACCCGGAACAGUCCCUAACUCUGAUUUUUCAGCUUGUGAACAAUGUCCAGCUGGAACCAAGAAAUUUGGAGACGAUCAGGAAUGUUCAUCAUGCGGUCCGAACGGAGUCAGCUCUGCAGCUGGAUCUACUAUGUGUAUGUGGUGUGGUGACGGAAAUGUCCCUAACUCUGAUUUUACAGAUUGUGUACCAUGCCCUGCCGGAACCAAGCAGUCCGGAAACGUACAAGAAUGUUCAUCUUGCGGUCCGAACGGAGUCAGCUCUACUGGAUCUGCUAUGUGUAUGGGGUGUGGUGACGGAAGAGUCCCUAACUCUGACUUUUCAGCUUGUGUUCCAUGUAAAGGCGGUACGUACAAGGACACAUCUAUGCAAGUGUGUAAACCGUGUGGAGCUAAUCACUACAGUGCUGAAGGGGCGGGAAUCUGCAUCCAGUGUCCGGUAUUCAGCGCAGCCAGUGAGGAUAAAACGGAGUGUGUGUCCUGUAGCGGGCUACCCCAAACCUACACGAACAUGCUGUCCAGUGAAAGGUUCCCCGUUCCACCCGGCACCGUGGUAACCAUCACGUGUGAGCAAGGUCACUCUCAUGUUGCAGGUGGUGCUGGUCUGGUUACUUGUGUAAGAGACAGGGUGUUUGAUGUAGAUGGAAAUUUUAAGUGCGAUAAAGGAGUUCCAAACAUUCCAAACCUCACUUCACCCGGCACCGAAUUCCCUGUGGAGUACGGCUCCCUAGUAACAGUCACGUGUCAGAGUGGGAGCUCUCUUCAGGGGGAUGGAGUUAUUACAUGCCAGAGUGGAACUGAGUUCGUGCAUGAGGCGGAGCCGAGUUGUGUGGAAAAGAGGUGCACUGGGUUACCUCCUCAUAUAGACCACAUCACCACCACAACAAGUUUCCCUACUGCCCACAGUACUGUGGUAACUGUGCUCUGCGACCCUGCUUCUGGAGCUCAACUACGUGGUGACAGUUCUAUAACGUGUGAUGAUACAACUUCAUUUACGUUCGAAGAGACACCACGCUGUAAUGAACAAGGCAAAUGUACAGAGCUACCUCCAAACCGUUACCUAGCAACAAACAUCAUCUUCCCUGUACCCGCGGGAACCCAAAUAAUGGUGAUGUGUGAGACUGGAACUACCCACACCUUAGGAGACAGUGUUGUCACGUGCGUCACAGAUGAUCAGUACACUUUUCAGCAGAGCAUGCCUACUUGCUCUAUUGACACUUGCUCGGAUCUACCGGAUAUAUACAACCUGAUUACAGACACUCCCUUCCCUGUUGACUACGGAACUACAGUCAGGGUAUCCUGCUUAGCUAGAUAUACGCUGGUUGGAGAUGAUGCUAUUACCUGUGUGAAGGGCAGAACAUUUCUAGUGGAAAAUGCAAUGCCUGGUUGCCAGCUAGACGAAUGCACGGAACUGCCCAACCUUCCAAACAUCAAGACAAACACUACCUUCCCUGUGGUUGUUGGGACGGUGGUAGAACUGUGGUGUAUUCCCGGAUACACCCUUCAGGGAGACUCUCAGAUAACCUGUCUUAAUGGAAAGGAGUACUUGAUCAGCUCCCCUCCGAGUUGUCAGAUUGACACGUGUAAUGAGCUGCUCUUUGUGGACGAUCUGCAAACAAACGCUACCUUCCCCCUGUUGUACGGGACCCCCGUGACAGUCUCAUGUGACUCGGAUACUCUCACCUUGUUGGGAAGUGAGGUGAUAUUCUGUGAGGUGGGCACCACCUAUCAGUUCCUUUCCCUUCCCAGAUGUGUGGACAAAGGAAACUGCCCAGCUGGGACCUAUUUCAAAGAAGAUGAUCGCGUGGUUACCGAUCCUCCUUACGACAGUGGAGGAGGCGAUUAUAGCGGUGGAGGAGGCGAUUAUAGCGGUGGAGGAGGCAGUGUUAACGGUGGAGGAGGCGGUUCUUACAGUGGUUACUGUGAGAUCUGCCAGGUCUCGACAGAGAGAAAGUCUGGAAGUAAUGAGAAUGGUAAUAGUAUCCGAAAUUAUGACGACUCGGACAAUCCAGUGAAAGACUGGGAUGCUUACAAAGAUAGGAUUGUCUGGAAGUUUGAAAACAAGCAAGACCACUGGAUAACAAAGUUGACUACAGCAAAGAUAAAGGCAUCAAAUAGGAUCAGUGGGUCAUCAGAAUCAUAUCACACCAGGGUAGCCUUGCUCGGGAAGAUAGGCAGCACUUUCUACAUCAUAUGUGAGCACCACCUCUCCGGGACCCAGACGUUGAAGGAUUUCUACAUAAACGGAAAGAAUGAGCAAGAAGAACGUUGGGAUCGGCAGCUCGUUGCAUUUGAUGAGAUACAGAUGGUGAGCCCUGCCAAGCAGGACGCUACCGUUAUCAAAUAUCUGGACCAGGAGGUUAUGUUUGCUCUCCGUGUUCUGGUGUGCUGGAUGGCUUGUCCAGUGGGGAAGUACAGAUCUGGUACCAUGACACAAUGUGAGCUGUGUCCUGCUGGUUCUAUAAGCAAAGUUGCGGGGCAAUCUGAGUGUUCGUCGUGUGGUAAUGGAAAGAUGUCUAACCCAGACCGGACUGAUUGUGAACAAUGUCCAGCCGGAACCAAGAAAUAUGGGAGCGAACAAGAAUGUUCAUCUUGCGGUCCGAACGGAGUCAGCUCUGCAGCUGGAUCUUUUAUAUGUAUGUCGUGUGGUGACGGAAAUGUCCCUAACUCUGACUUUACAGAUUGUGUACCAUGCCCUGCCGGAACUAAGCAAUUCGGAAACGUACAAGAAUGUUCAUCAUGCGGUCCGAACGGAGUCAGCUCUGCAGCUGGAUCUACUAUGUGUAUGUGGUGUGGUGACGGAAAUGUCCCUAACUCUGACUUUACAGAUUGUGAACAAUGUCCAGCUGGAACCAAGAAAUUUGGAAACGAUCAGGAAUGUUCAUCUUGCGGACCGAACGGAGUCAGCUCUGCAGCUGGAUCUACUAUGUGUAUGUCGUGUGGUGACGGAAAUGUCCCUAACUCUGAUUUUACAGAUUGUGUACCAUGCCCUGCCGGAACUAAACAAUUCGGAAGAGUACAAGAAUGUUCAUCUUGCGGUCCGAACGGAGUCAGCUCUGCUGGAUCUGCAGCAUGUGGGGUGUGUGGUGACGGAACAGUCCCUAACUCUGAUUUUUCAGCUUGUGUACCAUGCCCUGCCGGAACUAAAAAAUUCGGAAACGUACAAGAAUGUUCAUCUUGCGGUCCGAACGGAGUCAGCUCUGCUGGAUCUGCUAUAUGUAUGUGGUGUGGUGACGGAAGAGUCCCUAACUCUGACUUUUCAGCUUGUGAUACCUGUCCAGAAGGAAGGUACAGGGACUCCACCAUGACAGAAUGUGUGGUCUGUGGUAAAGUGGGAGAAGAACCGAGCUCUGGGCUCAACUCAUGUGUUCUAUGUAAAGGCGGUACGUACAAGGACACAUCUAUGCAAGUGUGUAAACCGUGUGAAGCUAAUCACUACAGUGCUGAAGGGGCGGGAAUCUGCAUCCAGUGUCCGGUAUUCAGCGCAGCCAGUGAGGAUAAAACGGAGUGUGUGUCCUGUAGCGGGCUACCCCAAACCUACACGAACAUGCUGCCCAGUGAAACGUUCCCCGUUCCACCCGGCACCGUGGUAACCCUCACGUGUGAGCAAGGUCACUCUCAUGUUGCAGGUGGUGCUGGUCUGGUUACUUGUGUCAGAGACAGGGUGUUUGAUGGAGAUGGAGAUUUUAAGUGCGAUAAAGACACGUGCACAGGAGUUCCAAACAUUCCAAACCUCACUUCACCCGGCACCGAAUUCCCUGUGGAGUACGGCUCCCUAGUAACAGUCACGUGUCAGAGUGGGAGCUCUCUUCAGGGGGAUGGAGUUAUUACAUGCCAGAGUGGAACUGAGUUCGUGCAUGAGGCGGAGCCGAGUUGUGUGGAAAAGAGGUGCACUGGGUUACCUCCUCAUAUAGACCACAUCACCACCACAACAAGUUUCCCUACUGCCCACAGUACUGUGGUAACUGUGCUCUGCGACCCUGCUUCUGGAGCUCAACUACGUGGUGACAGUUCUAUAACGUGUGAUGAUAAAACUUCUUUUACGUUCGAAGAGACACCACGCUGUAAUGAACAAGGCAAAUGUACAGAGCUACCUCCAAACUGUUACCUAGCAACAAACAGCAUCUUCCCUGUACCCGCGGGGACCCAAAUAAUGGUGAUGUGUGAGACUGGAACUACCCACACGUCAGGAGACAGUGUUGUCACGUGUGUCACAGAUGAUCAGUACACUUUUCAGCAGAGCAUGCCUACUUGCUCUAUUGACACUUGCUCGGAUCUACCGGAUAUAUACAACCUGAUUACAGACACUCCCUUCCCUGUUGACUACGGAACUACAGUCAGGGUAUCCUGCUUAGCUAGAUAUACGCUGGUUGGAGAUGAUGCUAUCACCUGUGUGAAGGGCAGAACAUUUCUAGUGGAAAAUGCAAUGCCUGGUUGCCAGCUAGACGAAUGCACGGAACUGCCCAACCUUCCAAACAUCAAGACAAACACUACCUUCCCUGUGGUUGUUGGGACGGUGGUAGAACUGUGGUGUAUUCCCGGAUACACCCUUCAGGGAGACUCUCAGAUAACCUGUCUUAAUGGAAAGGAGUACUUGAUCAGCUCCCCUCCGAGUUGUCAGGUCAGUUUCUUUUUCUCUUGA